UCGACGUGUGCGCUGCAGUGAGAACAGUAGCCUACACACACCAUCUGACGCUCACACAGGGGACUGAAUGGACAGCUCAUUCUGUGGAGGAGGUUGAGGAGCAGGGGUCCUUGCCGACUCACAGGACAACAAGCUAAUGCAGGAUGUAUGAAGAACAUGGCACAGGGCACUUCAACACCACACCAGACUCCUCACCAGCUGACGGUGCCAACUUGAAUGCUGCCAACCACUUAGGUGCGGGCACCCUAUGUGCCAUCUGUGGGGACCGUGCCACAGGAAAACACUAUGGUGCCUCUAGUUGUGACGGCUGCAAAGGUUUCUUCAGACGCAGCGUACGCAAAAACCACAUGUACUCCUGCAGGUUCAACAGACAGUGCAUAGUGGACAAAGACAAAAGAAAUCAGUGUCGGUACUGUAGACUGAAGAAAUGUUUUCGAGCUGGGAUGAAGAAAGAAGCUGUGCAGAAUGAAAGAGACAGGAUUAGCACCAGAAGAUCCAGCUAUGAAGACAGCAGUUUACCCUCCAUAAAUGCACUCAUUCAGGCUGAUGUCCUUUCUAGACAGCUCUCAUCACCGGGACCUAUAAUGAAUGGUGACAUCAGAACGAAGAAGGUAGCCACAAUAACGGAUGUGUGCGAGUCUAUGAAACAACAACUGCUGGUGUUGGUGGAAUGGGCCAAAUACAUUCCUGCAUUCUGUGACCUCCCGCUGGAUGAUCAGGUGGCUUUACUGCGUGCUCAUGCUGGAGAACAUCUCUUACUAGGAGCGGCCAAACGUUCCAUGUUGUACAAAGAUAUUUUACUAUUAGGUAAUGAUCAUAUAAUUCCUCGAAACUGGCCAGAGCUGGAGGUGAGCCGGGUGGCUAUAAGGAUCCUGGAUGAGUUAGUUCUUCCCUUCCAGGAUCUUCAGAUCGACGACAAUGAAUAUGCCUGCUUGAAGGCUAUUGUCUUUUUUGAUCCAGAUGCCAAAGGUUUAAGUGAUCCAAGUAAGAUAAAACGCAUGCGAUACCAAGUUCAAGUUAGUUUGGAGGACUACAUCAAUGACCGCCAAUACGACUCAAGGGGGCGGUUUGGCGAGCUGCUUCUUCUUUUGCCAACACUACAGAGUAUCACCUGGCAAAUGAUUGAGCAAAUCCAGUUUGUUAAACUGUUUGGAAUGGCAAAGAUAGACAACCUGCUACAAGAGAUGCUUCUAGGAGGCUCUGCAAAUGAAGCCCCUCAUGCCCACCAUUCUCUACAUCCACAUCUGGUCCAAGAGCACCUCAGUAACAAUGUCAUAGUCACCAACAUGGCCACUCCCAUACACAAUGGACAGAUGUCCACUCCGGAAACGCCAAUCCCUUCUCCCCCCACGGUCUCAGGUUCUGAUCACUACAAAAUGGCUCCAGGGGUUAUAGCCAUGGUGCCCAAACAGCCAAGCUCAAUUCCUCAACUGACCAUCACUAAACAAGAGGCCAUCUGAGUACACGGGACACACAGAUUCAAGAUUUAAAGAACUAAGAGAGAGAGUUUUUAACUUGUAUGGUACUUCUAUUAGGUUCUAUUAAGUAUGUUGUGUCAGACAUUUGGUCAGAGUAAUACUGUUAUAUCUGUUAAAUUAAAGGUUUUUAGUGAAAAAAUUCAGGGAUCUAAUUAGCGUCGUAGUCAAUCAAGGUCUAUAAAAUUUACAAAUUAUCGGUAGACCAAACGAAAGACUUCAGUUACAAAAAAUUUAGAUAUGAAUAAGAACCAAACCACAUUUGCUAAACUCUUUAGCUGUGAUUUGCCUGGAAGUGAGUACCAUAAAUGUUACAGCAGACGUCUUUUCUAAGCAUGAUCAGCUGUUUGUUCUAUUGUACAGUAUUUUAAUAACUUGCGACAAAUGACUGACUCUUAUACAACUUUUGGCGUGGCCUGAUAGAAAACACUUUGUGCCUUGGAAAUGUUAUUUACCAAAAUUGUUUUGUUUAUGUUAAAACUUGAGUAUGUGCAUAUCAUAUUUUUUUCUGUACGUGCCAUACCUAAAUUGUAAAUAUAAUGAUUAUUUCGUUUUUUAUGAUUCGUUUUUAAGAUGAGCCCAUGAUGUCAUGCUGAUGGUUUAAAAUAUUAGUGAAGUAAAAAAAACAUUUUGGUGCUCACCCCUUUACUGUGACAAGUGAGUGAUGUGUAUUUUAUGGUAUAAUGUCACACUGUAUUCAGUUCUAGUUUAAAACAUCCAUUUAUCAUUUAAGAUCUAUAUACACUUCCCACCUUCAGGAAGAAUGGUCAU